UUGAGAGUCCUGUGAAUGGACACAGUAAAUUUAGGAGGUAUAGGGCCAUACUGGAUUAGUAAGAAUUUGAGGGAGACACUUGAAUUGGACAUCCUUUGAUGGCGACACAGUUGGUCUCUAAGGAUGAAGCCUCUGAAUUAGGACAUAACUGCUGUGAUUUUUGAGUCGAGAUUAACUAUAUACACCAAUAUAAACAUUAGACAGGUAUUUUUAAUGUAGAUGGGUAUGUGUAAAUAUCUUCAGCAGUGUUUUUUCAGUAUUUAGCUAGUCAUAAAACUGGUAGUAAUCUGUUUUUAAGAAGUAUUUAUUUCUGUGUUCAUAACUUUGGUAAAUUUCAGACAGGUCUAUAUCAUCACAGAGCGGUUCUGUGCCUCAGAAGAUAUUUAUAGGAUCAUUAUAUAAACCUGAUCACAGACAGCCGCCUAUAGCCCCUCCCCUCUGCAGCUGCAGGUUGUUUUGCCAGCUUCUGAUCUGAGUUUUCAGUACCUACAGUACAGCUUUAGGACAUGACCUGCCUUCAGUGACACACGCCUGAGCAGAUAUCACACAUUUGGCAGAGCGUAGACAUUGAGUAGUUAGAGUGUGAAAAAAGAGUUGGAUGAGUCUUGGAUGAGUCUUUUAUUAGUUAAAACAUCUUAUAUGCUUUUAUCUAAGGCUUACACAGAGGGGGCUCAGGUGGGGGGUCACUACUUCAAAAGGACAUGAUAACCACGUACCUGUGUAUGAAAGGACACACAGUGACUACUGAAAGUCUCUGACCUUUUCUAGUCAUUGUUUUCUUUUAUUCAAAGCUCUGAAUGAAACACCUGCUUUUCCUACGGUGCAGAUAUAGCACGUUAAUCCAGGAUCCUUUGCUCAUUUUGCAUGUUGAUACUUGAAUUUCCAAAAGUGUUGGCAAACAGAAAGGUCACAGACGACCUGAAGCAUCAUGGGGAGCCAUGUAAUCGCGCUCACACUGUAAAGGCUUGUCUGUGCGAGCGGUUUCUUGGAUGGGUGCAGAUUUAGGCGAGGACUACUUAGAUAUUUGGGCUGACCCUGUUGAUUGGCUUGAAAAGACUGACUUGAAGUUCUCAAAGCAACAGAUGGGCUACAGUUUGUGAACUUACAACCCUCUAUAACCAUGAAAAAAAGCUCAUUAUGCCUUGACAUUCAGUGUGGGUGGCAACACAGUUGGCCAAAAGCACAAAGCUGUGGUUGCUUUGAUACAGAGACAAACAGAGCUUGAUCAACUGUGGUUCCUGCCUUGGCAGCUUGGUGGCUCAUUGUGACCUCACAGUGGUGACUUCCUCUUGCUGGAUUUUGUUUGUAUUUUUGACAGGUUUCUGUUGAGUCUAAAGUCUUGUGUGUAAGGAUUAUAGUGAUGGUGAAACAGUCAUAUGUUUGUAUGUUAUACCACAUGUCGGACAUGUGAUGGACAGCUGACCUGUCCACAGUGUUCCCUCUUCAUCAGCCAAAUGCCUGCUGGGAAAGCCCCACUGUGAUGAUGGGUAUUAGUAAUUAAUAUCACAUGGAUGGAAGUCAUAAGUUUGGAAAACUAUUAAGGGAUGGCUGCUGUCUUACAUCACUGAGGGAUUAGACUUGAAAAACAAACAAAAGAAAUGUGCAUAGAUUUUUAAAAACAGUAUUAACUGAAUGAUGAUCAUCAACCAUCGUUGCACAGAUGCUGUUCUUUGACAUGCUUUAAAGUUUUGCCAAACUAGUUGUUUGCUUUAGAUCUAAGAGUAUCUGACACUCUUCUGUAUCAACUCUGCCUCGCUGCCGCUGCGUAGGUGUACAGUGAUCUUUAGUGUCUGCUGACAGGAGUCAGAGCUUCCCUGCUCUCAAAUGUUAACACUUGCAUCUUACCUUCCUGCUUUUGUUGGACAAAUAUGAUCAGGACUGUAACAUUUUUCUGCUUGGAAAGAACAAAAAAUGUCCUGAAAUCAAAGAUAUUUAUAUUCCCUGAGACUUUAAUCUAACGUUUUAUUGUUUUACUACUAAUUUCAGGUAUUUUGCAGAAUUUAUCGUAACCUUUAAUGCCAUAUAUUUCAAGAUUCACUUCUUUCAAGAGUUUCACAGGAAAUAUUAUUUCAGUUUAUUGAAAACAUCACAACAGCCACCUUCUGAUGGGAAUAAAGUGAUAUGAGGUAACCUGCCUUCCUGUAAUCACCAGGUUCCCUAUUUUAGCGAGCCCUGUCACAGAACAGCCAUAUUACUCUCCGAUGAGGAAUCGACAUUACAGGGUUGUCAGGACAACCAGCCAUGAUUUGCAGAGCUCAGAUAGGCCUCCACCUUGAGCUAGAAGCACUAGCCAUGAGACUGAGCAGAUGCUGUGCAAGUCAGCCAAUGGCAGGUGAGAUAGAGGAAAAAGAUGACAUCAUAGGCAAAUUAGGGCAAAUGUAGCGGGUAUUCUGUUUGCCGUCACCGCCUGCUCAUGAACUCAGAGCCACAUCAAGACUGAGGAUAAGAAGUCUGUAAUGUUCGGCAGAUAUAAUAUUUUGCAUAAAGGCAACAUCUUACUUUUAGAAGUGGAGACUUUAAAAAUAGAAAUUAAAAAGCAAAAAGAAACAGCUGUAACGAACGCCCCAUAAAAGAUCCAGACUUAUACGUAACAAAAAUUGCCUUGAGAUCAGUUAUGUUUUUUCCUACUUAAAAGAUACUUACACUAUGAUCUUUGAUGUAAAAGACUACCCAGUCUUUAAGUGAAUUUUGCUUUAUUUUUCUAACAAAAUUAGACCUUAUGACAAAAAAACAAGGCUAUGGAAAGGGGUUUAUUAUUGAGCAUUUACAUCAUAGACAAGAUGUGAGUGUCCUAAAGCAACAGUGUCUACAUAUAUGAAAGAAAUUUCAACUGCAGCUGAAGGUCCCGGUAAAAAAUCCAAUCUAUCAAUAAGUGAAAGAUAUCUAAGUAUUAUUUUGCAUAGUAUAUAUAUUUAUUAAUUCUUUACACAGUUUUUUACUUUCACUGAUAUGUCAGUGUUGAUCACUCUGUCCCUCUGUUGUAUUAAGCCAAUAUCCUCUAUAUCAGAUAGGUAUAUCUUAUUGUAUCCAUAAUUCAAAAAUCCUUUCUUUCUACAUAUGUUUAUGAUAAAAAGUAGUCAAUGUUUUUUCAGAUACAUUCAAGAAAUGAUACAGUGAAUGAUUGUUUUAGGAUGCAUUUAAACUACAACCCUUUCAUGGCCUUAUCAGUUUUUAUAUUUCUAUAUGAAAAGUUUUUUGUUUAAUGCAGAUGUAUUGAAAGAUUAGUGAUAUAGACCCCUGCCUCAAAAGUCCAACUUUCCACAAGUAUCCAGCUCUCAUCUCAACCCGUCCUCCUCUCUACUCACUAAGCAGGUUUGCUCUGUCAAACAGAAAACCAACAGCGUCUGCCCGUUGGCUUCCUCCUCCCCCAGACCUGCUGCCUGCAUUAAUAUUCAGUUUCUCAGCCAAUGAGAGGAGCAGGGUGGAUGACAUCAUGGACUAGGGAACAGUGAGCAGCCAGUGAAGCAUCCAGCCUGCCGAACAAGCUUGCUUUUAGGGUCAGGAACUGGUCUGACAAGAGAAUGGCAAUCCUGCCUUUAAACUGUCAAUAGGACUGGCUGGCGAUGAAUCCACCCGAGCUCGGGGCUCAAAGGAGAAACACUCAGCAAGAGAAUGUGAAGACAUAUUUCAGGUAAUUCCCUCUCUGUGUAUGCAAUAUGGGAUGUGGAGGGGGGAGGCAGAGGAGGGAGGAGAAGAGAGGAGAGGAAAGAGGAGGAGGAGGAGGGGGAGGCUGUGUAUGUAGGGGUUGCUUUGUAGCCUUCUUUUUUUUUUCUUCUUCUUCUUCUUCUUCUUCCUCAACUCUGCAUUCUGCCCGGCCAUGGAGGCAGCUGUUUCAUCAGCAGUGUGUCUGUGAGGGCGAGAUGGAAAUGGAUGCCUGCAUCACGUAUUGUAUGAUCAUACACCCCCCACUCUGCAUCACAUCAUCUCUGUGUGCUCUCCCCUGUGCCUCACAAAUAGCAUCUUUAUUGAUGGGGAGGUGUUAGAAUCAAUGGUGGCGUUUGUACGGGGCCUUGAGAGUGUGUAUGUGUUUGUCCAAGUGUGUGUGUGUGUGUGUGUGUGUACGUGCGUGUGUGUAUGUGUGUGCUGGAGAAAUGCAGCAGCUGCAGUGGAACAAAAAAGAAGCAAGGCUAUUUUAGGUCUGUAGACCCGAGGCUGACGGCUGGUUUAGAGCUCUAUAUGCUGUGGAUGGAUGGUGGGGGUGAUGGAUGCUUAAUAUGCUGAUGGAUGCUCUUUUGUUAUCUCUGCUAUGCCUCACUUACGGCCUUUCUAGGGAGGAUUUUACAGGCAAAUGUCUUUUAUUUCUAUUUCUGCCUUUAAAUGAUCCCACACACACGCAAAGCUGAGCAGAGACGUGCCUAAGUCUCCCGGCUUUAACAUGGAUAUGUGUAGCAGCUUCAUGGCGGCUGUAGUGACAGGGAGAUAUACAACAUCUGGUCACCUGACUUCAUUGGGGAUCGGAGUGGGGGUGGGGGCCGGUGCUGUGAAAGCUGAGCUAUUCUGCCUCGAUUUCUCUCAGACAUUUCUGGUGGAAGAAGAUGGAGGGAUUUGCUGUCUCUCCAUCCCCUCUGCUGGGUUUAGAUUGUGGUGUCAGAGCUGAUGCAGAGGGGGAGAGAGAUGAUUCCUCCCCCAGCAAGCUCAGUCAUCCUCCAGUCUGUGAGGAGCAAGGCCUGAUGGGAGACCUGUUGUCUGGCUGUUGUAUGAGGGAGGGAUGUUAGGGAGUCAUGUCAGUGAUGGAGGGAGGGUGAGAUGAUUGUAGAGAGGAAUUGGGGGAUGGGAUGGUGAAGGUGAUACUCCCUUUCAACAUUAUCCUGUUGAAUUGAUGUAAGGAAUGCACGGUGAUUGCACUUUUUGUGGUUUGUCUGCUGCUAUAUUCCUUGAAAUUAUUUAAUGGUGAAAGAUCAUCUGUCACGGGACUAUGCUCCUUUCAGGGUUUCACUCGGUGAUCCAAGGUGAGACUUUGUGAUAGCAUGAAAUAUACAUUCAUAAAACCUGAAGAGCAGAUAUUUUAUAAAGGCACAGUCUGGUGUACUGUAAAAGUUCAAUUUUGUGAAGUUAACUGAGUUAGACAUCAAUAUACUAUUACCCUGAAUAGAGCAACACAAUAAUCACACAGCAGGCACCAAAUAUCAAUAUUUUAAUUCAAAAAUAAUUUGACUUUCUGAACACAUUCUCCUCCCAAGCUGACUGUCUGGGCCACUACUUUAUCACCCUUUCUGGAGCUAAUGGCAUUAAACCUGCUUUUUGCUGAUGCGGGGGGAAUUUUUCAGUUAAUCAGAUAUGGUGAUGAAUUCUUAUGUGAUUUUCCUGCAAGUAAUCAGAUACAGAAUAAUGGUUUAAUCAUGGUAAUAUCAUCAGCUACCCAUGUACUGGAUAUCAGAUUGUGAUAUCAUAUUAUUGCAUCCUAUCCCAUUGCACUGAGUUAUACAUUGUGUCCUGUUCUAUAUCCUUUUGCACUGUAUAUGUUUCUCUAUGAAUGUUGUGUUACAUCACACUGCAUCACAUCAUAUCUUUCCUGUUUGUAUUAUAUUGUACUUCAUCGUAUCGUAUUGUAAUGCUCGGUACAGUAUUGUAUCGUAUCGUAUCGCACUGUACCAUAUUAUAUCGUAUUGUAUUGUAUCGCACCGUUCCAUAUUGUAUCGUAUCGCACCGUAUCGCACCAUUCCAUAUUGUAUCGUAUUGCACCGUACCGUAUUGUAUUGCGUCUCAUCAUAUCGUAUCGCACAGUAUCACAUUGUAUCGUAUCGUGUCACACCGUACCAUAUUGUAUUGUAUCAUAUCACACUGUACCAUAUUGUAUCGUAUCAUAUCACACUGUACCAUAUUGUAUCGUAUCAUAUCACACUGUACCAUAUUGUAUCGUAUUGCAGCCUGAAUCACCCUGCAACUCUCAGCCACAAAUACAACAGCACAACUGAUUUUCAACAAACAAAUCUAGUUUUAAAAAGAAAACAUCUAAAUGACAUUUGUUCCUUUCAUUUUGUGUUAUUGGUGUAGUUUCCGCCAGUGUUGGACAAUACACUGCACCUGGCUUUGCAGAAAAGGUGACAGGCCUAUCAAGAAGGUGGAGAGAUGCCUAAACAGGGGUGCUGUGAAACACCAUGAAAGCUAAAAUCCUUGGUGCUGUUAAACAGAGCUAUGAAACCUCAAGUAGAUAGCUGCUCUGAGUCUUAGACACUCUUUAUGCCAUAUGCAAUAUGUAUUACCACACCUUUAUCCGCUCACAUCAGCCACUGGCAACAGUAUAUGUUUAAGUAUAUAUCUGAAUAGAGCUGCUCACUAUCAUAUGGAAGUACUGACACAGCCUUUGUCUCUGAAGGAUAGAUGCGCCUCAUGAAAAUUUUAUAUUUGCUAAGACAGCUUGCAGACAGUAAACAUUAGUAGUCUGGUCUGACACAUGCGUUCUUAAUUACUUAAAACACUGUAAAAAACUGCACCCUCAAGCAUACUGUUUGUAGUAUAAACAUGAAUAGUGCAGGCAAAGCUAAAGAUAUCACGUCUUUGCUUUUGAUGGAAUAUUUCUCACAACUGACCCUUGCCAGCAAGUAGCAUAUACCCAAAACUGCCAUCAGGUCAAUAUUUUGAAAAUGAUUAAAUAAGGGCUUUUAAAGAAACCAACCAGGACCUUCAUAUCCUGAAACAGAUGUUUCCUUCGUCCUAAGUUUAAUUCGUAUCAGAGUACCAUCAUCUGACUGGACCUGCAGACCAAAACAAAAGGGUUAAUUUUUAAUCUGCCCCCCUGUUUAAACAUACAUUACUCUUCUGCUUUCAUAGUCAACAAACAAUAUAAGGUGGACUUUAUUAGUGUACUGAAGCAAUACGAAGCCUUUAUUUUUCCAGAAUGUGUCCAUAGCUUAGUGUGUGCCAUUCUGGGCUUCCCCAUGUUUUCCACUGACCUGUGUAACCCAACACACACAGCUUUUCUUACCUCACCUCAGCCAACAAAAGCAGGAGACACUGAACCUUGUCUUGGCUCACAGCCUGCUAACUGGACUGCCUGAAAUCUGAUAGUAGGACUCACAGCACAUACAAGUAGGCCUCCAUCUGUUGAGGACUUAGUCAGGAUGAGUUAUGCUGCUAUUGUUCAACGCAGUUAUCUUUCAGGGCUCUGUGUGGUUGGCAGUUUAUAAAUGCUCAGAGGCCUCACGAGGGGAUUUUGUGUGUUUUUUAAGGGCAGAGUGGUGUAAAGGAGAGCGGUAGUCUUGGUGGUAGGUGUGUGAGAGCUACAGUCUGUGUGUUGUGGAUUAGCAUGUAGGAUUGGAAGCCAUCUGGCCAUUUUGUCUCAGAAAGGGGAGGGGGAGUAAGUGAGAGAGAUAGAUAGAGAGAGAGAGAGACAGAGGGAGAGAGAGUAACAGAGGAAACACUCACACACUGACACAUUGACACAGCUCCCUGUGUAAUCUCCCUACUUGAUGUCUGUUGCUACUUAGAAUAAGGCCGCUUGUCUGUGUGUUUGCGCUUGUGUGUGUGUUUGUGACACACAUCGUCCCUAUGUGACUUAUACUGUUUGCAAUGCAUCAAAAAAAAAAAAGCAAGUAUGGCUUUUAAGAUAGCCAGAGAAGGGUGUGGGGUGAGGGUGGGGGUGCAAUUGAAGAUUCCAGAUUACAGUGAGAUGAUGUGAUGGGAGGAGACGUCCCAGAUGGUUAGAGACUGUAGAGAAUAAAGGACUAAAUGUUGCAGAGAAGCGUGGCGGAGCGUUCAGGUGGUUUAAGAGAUUAACUAGUUUCGCUGGGUCAAGAGUUUGCAGGGCGGUUGAAGAGGGGUGUCUGAACUUGGAUCUGUUCAGCGGCUACACAGUGUGAAAAGUCGGAGGCCGUUGAGAGUGAAGAGUCUUUCAGAAAGUGAAAGGAAUGACAAUGGUUCAGAGUUGACUGCUCUUACUAUUUUUGUUCAAAAAUAGCUGUGAUUGCUCGUUUAUGGAUGUACUUGUUGUUUUUUUGGGGUGAGGUCCUCAUAUAUUGUCCAGCUUCCACAACCUGGUGAAAUUAAGUUCAAUUAUUGGAAAAAACCUCAGCACAGACAAUAAGGUUUGUAUCUCCAGGUAGGAAGGUAUCACUGAUCUGUCAGAAACGAAUAACAGCAUUGAUCUGACAGAGCAGAGUUGUUGCACUUGUUUCUUUGAUCCGAAUAAACUACGAGGAAUUUGGUUUCUUUCUCUCAGCUGUGUGGAGGUGUUGCUGCUGUGUGUGGCACACUUUCUGCCUCCCUGUUCAUUCACUUGUUGACACAAAUAUAUGUCUGAUAGCGUCAUUUUUCAAUGCAAAAUCGUAACACAGCUUUAUGAGCUUUUCAGGAGAGGGAUUAGCUGAAUGUCUUGCAUGGCUAGGCGUAGCCAUAAAACAUGACUAGUGGUUAUGAUAACUAUACCUGGAGGACAGUUUGGAGUCAGCUUUUCUAGAGAUAGGAACGCACUUUAGAGCAUGAAAUUUUCCAUAAGAGCUACAUUUAAAACUUAUCAUGGGACUCUUGUGGGAAAAAAGUGUGAAAUCAUUUAUAAACUGUUUCUGUAAUGUGUUUUCACUUUGCCCGUACUCUCCUACUGUAGUGCAUGUUAUUAACCCUGUCAGCUCUACACAGAGCAGGUGCACCAGCUGGCACUGUAGGAGGAACUCUGCUGUGCUCUCUGCUUCCAGCUGGCACUCAGACAUGCUCUCCUAUACCACAGUAAUGCAAAUACCUACAAAACAUACACUUUCCCUACUACUUUGUAUAGUGAACAAUAUACGGGCAGCCUCAUCUGGUCUUGCUGUUCAUGUUUGUCAUAGGUACAGAGCAAGGAGCCAAAGUGUCGUUGGAUUUAACCUUGUCCGUUUAAUUUUAUUUGUUUUUCAAAUUUGUCACUGACAUACCCAACAAUAGGCGCUUGUGGUAAGAUAUAAAACAAAUAUGAAUGAAUGAGGACUCAUUUGGAAGUUUAGAUCCUUCUUCUUUUGAAAAUGAGAUCCAGGAUUUUUAAGUUAAAACAUACAUGACUUUUUUUGUUCGCCAUCAAUAUGACCACGUUCAGUAUCACAAAUCGUUGGUUAUAAAAUUGAUGACUUUGGAUUUGUAUUACACCUCCAAAAGCAAAGGGUUACCAAAGUGCUUUGACAUACAGGCAAAGGCAGAGGACACCAAAAACAACAUCAUAAUCCAAUAGGAAAACAAACCGCAGCAAAGUGCAACCCAACAGCAAACAACUCAUCAGAGAUUGACCCAACAGAGAAUGAAAUAAAAGAAGCCACUUAAUAGCUUUGGCAACAUCUGAACUUUGUCAUUCAGAAUUUCAUAAUAAACUAUUGCUUAGGCUUCAUGGGAAUUGAAUUUACAGAUUGUCCCUGAAUCUUAACUCUGAUUUUUUAGCAGGGUAAAGGUUCAGGGUGUUGAGAUUCACUAAUCUAAACUGGUAACCUUAGUGGUCCGAGUGCAUUAGUCCAUUGUUAUUACUGUUUAAUUUCUUUGUUUUUUGUUACUUGUAAAAAGAAGAAUUUCAUUUCAAAAGUCCAUUAAAGCCAAGUUUUGUUAUGUUAGUUGUGGAAAAUGUUCAUAUGUCUCCACCCAACUGGCCUACACUGUGCAUGGGUGUCAGAUGAAGACCUUAGUUUAUUAUUAGUUCAGGUUAGACAGUAGGCUUAGUCCUUUUUCUCUUGCAGAACUAGUAAACAUAUCAAUAUUAUUUUGAAAGUAAAAUCGUUUCUUUUUUACUCAGUUGAUAAGUAAAAAAAUAUAAGUGGAUUUCUCUCAUGAGGGAGAGAUUUACACUCUGAGUAAAGUCACAACUCAGCCUGUUGGUGGUAGUUUGACAGGUUUGUUUUUAUUCACAUAGAUUGAAACCACGGAGGCUGAUUUGAGUGCGGCCGUGUCCUCAACAAGCAACCCCUUUUUUGUCUAAGGUGAAGGAUGAAAUCAAAAUUCCCUUAUACAAUACCUCAAACGAAGAGGCGCUUUCAUUGAGGGUCAAUGGAGAACGUGUCAGUGUGAAGGACAAUGGAGAUGCUUACUGGGAACUAGUGCCAUCACUUGGUUGUCAGUUUGAAAGAUGAUAUAUAUUGAAUGGCUCGUUACUCCCAAUGAAUUCAUCCAUGGAUCACAACCCUCAACAGGCUUUACUAUGACUUGGAAUAUAAAAAUUUAACAAGCUAUUUAAGGUUUUUUGGGGGGCUCCAUGUGGCCUUGGGGCGUAAGGCCAUAACGUAUAAGUGCAGCACCUUCUGUUUGAUGACUCCCUCUGGUUCCUGUCAGCCUCAACAACCAGCUCUUAAAAUAAGCAGAGUUGUAAUAAAUAUGCACUAAAGCUGUUGAGUCCACAGGACAAGCCAAAAAUAAACUUUUGCUGCCAUCUUGCACAUUCCUUGGACAUGAAGAUGUGAUGAUUUUUCAGUACAACCGCUGAAAAUCGGGACUAAAAGGUUGAAUAGUAGAAUAUGCAAAGUGCAGAAGACUUUAUAUGUCAAGAUAGACUCCACUUUAAUGAGGAAUAAGAUCAGUUGUAGUGUCAGGUUGAAUACAUAAUCCACCUUGAUAAACUUGUAUGACAAAUAGCCUCUGUCAGACAGGAAAUGCCGAUCAGAAUAAAAUAGCCGUUACAGAAAUGUGCUCCGAAUGAAAACAGGGUCAUUGAAUGAGAAGAACUCUGUCUAAAUAGACAACCAGCAUACAAAAAACAAAAACAUUAGAUGGGAUGAGUUUGAGCUUUUUAUGCAGGGUUUUAAUAGUUUUUGUUGAUUGGCAGACUCUGCUAUAAUAUUUUCAUCACUUUAAUUAAUCUGACUGUCUGUUUUUCCACAUGACAGAAUAACCUGCUCCAAUUUGAAGCAUGUUCAUACCUCUGGUGUUUCAUUCAGAUGAGCUGUUUGAACUGCCACAACACAGUGCAGCACCUCUGUCAGGUGGGACCAUUCAGUAGUGUAAUGUUGUAAUAAAAUCAACAGGAAUCACAUACCAAAAACGAUCAGUUCUUAAAGCAAAAAUCUGAUGCAAAUGAGAAAACUAGCUUGAUAGGAUUGAGACGGAUAAUACAGCUGAAGUGUGUGCCUGUGUGUGUAAGCGUGCAUGUUUGGAUUUAAGAAAGCAGGGCUGGGGGUAGGGAGUUCACCCAAACUAAAUAUUAAAUGACGGAGCAAGCUCUCAAGCCUCCCCAGCAGGGGAGUUAGGAGAGGAUCAUGCUGGUAAAAUGAGAGUCACGGUGGAUUGUAGGCUGUGGUGAAUAAAUGGGUUUGCUUUGUUUUAAUAACAGGAUUUUUUUAAACACAACUUGUCAGUUAAUAGCAGUAAAUCAGCCAGGGACAUAUUAUAUGGCAAGACCACAACAUAUCUUGAAUCUUACAGAGUAACCAGGGUCAGCUUUUUCUUUAUCAACAUACUUUUACAAUCAGAUUAUUGUUGUGGCUGAUUAGCGUCAGAUCAAUCCAAGUACCCAAACAAAAGGUAAUACUUCUGCAGUAAUCUUGUUUGGAUUAGAUGAGGAUUAAAUUACAGAAUUGUGUGCAAUCUGGCCGUAGUUUUUACUAGGAAAACAUUAAAACUCAAAAUGUUCAACCUGAGAUAUGGGUUGGAUUUCGCACAGUACAGUUGAAGGGCCUCAGUUUGUCUUUCAUCUUUAAAUCCACGGCAGAAAAAUCUAGUUUUGUAACUGCUCAAUGACCCACUUUCUCUGCUGUGUCAUUUUACGGUGUGCAUUUUACAUGGAAUCUUGGCACUUUCUUGGUAUUUACUCAAAAUAACUUUCACAGAAUUCUCAUAUUGAGCUCUGACUUCGUGCUGUAUAUGUUUUUGUUUGAUUUGUACUGUUAUGUGUCAUUUUUUUAUGUUUUUUUUUUUUUGUGAAAAGCAAAAUCUUUAUUUUCUCAGGUAGAACUGAAGUGUGCUGAAAAUAUAAAAGAAGGAAAAAGAAACGGUUGGUAUUGUAAAUACGCCAUAAUACAGAGUGAUUUUUGUGGACGACUAGUUGGAAAAAACGCCACAUCAGACGCAGACAUCUGGCUGGCUGCUAAAAAUAGCUCACUGGUUACUGAUUAGAGAUGUUUUUGCACUUUCUGUGUGUCAAAAAGAGUUGCAUAACUUGAUUAUGAAUGCUCAAAAAAUUGGUGUACAAUGUCAUUUUCUGUCUUUGCAUAAGGAUUUUGACAGAACCCUCUAUGUGGAUCACACAUGGGUGUAAUAGGUCAGUGCAUGUUCAAAGGGCCUUGCCUUUGAUAUUGUGUAAUCAUGCUCUAGUUAGCAUGUUAUGAACGCUCAUAAACCUUUUAUGCCAACAGGAUAAUAAGAUGUACAUAGUCAACAUUUUUUAUGCUUGUCUCUCAAGGCAUCAGCUAAAAAUAUUGCAGAUAUUGAUGGAGGGAAGUUUGUUUUUAUCCCAUGAAACAUGUCAUUCAACAUCUCUGAAACAAUUCAAGUUAGUAUAAGCUUCAGAGUUGAGAAUUACCUCAUACACCUGUCUCAUCUGUCACCAUGUGAGGCAAACUGAAGCUGGGUGUUGUUCCUGUCAUGAACCAAAUGCUGGCAGCUGUAUGCAAAGCAGAGCUACUGAGUUUUAACAGUAUGGGACAAAAGCAAAGAGGAAGAUUUUAUUGAACAGAGGCCUCAAAAUCUUAGACUUUGGCCCUUUUCAGGUAAAAUGUUUUAUUGAGCAUCAAACGAUAUAAAUACUCACAAAAAUCACCAGGAUGUCUUUUUAAUUUUAAUGAGAACAUGUCACGAAUUUAGCUUUUUCUAGUCGUUUUGCCAAGUUAAGCGAACUGACUGUCAGCUGAUGUUUGGUAUUUGCUGUUCUGUACCCUGUAAAUAGAAGCACUUAGUUUCCACCCCAUCUAGCUUUAUACAAACAGGAGUUCUCAGCUGCCCUGAUAGUCCUGACAAGCUUUGACUUUGAUAACCUUUGAAAAAAAAAACAUUUUUUACUCUGUGAAGUCUUCCACUGCGCGACAGUGGGCAUUUCAGAAUCAUUCAUAAUUAUCAGUAAUCAUGGUCCUCUCUGAGACUUGUCGAUGGCACUUUGAUGUUCAUUGUGAGGCGAUUAAUGGGAUGAAUUUGUAUAACAAUCCUCUACUCGAGCCACAUGCCAUCCUUUCAGACCAGCCACACUGAGAAAGAGGAAGAAAAAAAUCACUAUCUGUACCAACAUGUACUGGAUAAUAUACAACUGGACUGUGAAAAUUAAAGCUACAGUGUGUAAUGUUUAGCAGCAUUUAGCAGAACAGACUCAGUAGAUAUUGAAUACAGCAUUUAUUUCAAAGUAGUUUAUACAAUGAAUAUAAACAUGUUGUUUUUGUUCACUAAUAAGCCUGGUGUAUCUACUAAAGAGCAGGUCUGUUUCUUUAGAGGUCGUCAUCUUGUUUCUACAUUACACAUCAGUAUGACCCCCAAUCUGCCAAGAUUUUACUUUGAAAACAUCAAAUAAUAUUAACUCUUUUGCCUACAACAAUUACUCUAUUCUUUGUCUUAUUUGUCACAUAAGCACAUAAGACCAUUUGUACAUUUUUGCUUCUGUCACUGCAGCUUCUUGUCCUAGAAAGCCAUUGUUGUUGUAGAGCUUUCCCAGUGUGACAGGUAAGGAAAGGAACAUUUCGGUCCAGACUCUGAUUGCUAGAUAUUGCCAAAUAUGUCCAUGCACUGUAGAUGCAGCUGUUCAUUGAUCAAUUUAUGUAGCCGUUUCAUAGCAUUUCAACCCAAACAUGUGCAAUUAAAAAUAAAUAAAAAAACACAAGUCUAGAUUAGAUAAGCUCUUUGAUCACAUGAGGUUUUGAUCUUGGGACCAAAAAUUUUCCUCAUACCCCUUUCAGCUCCUCCUUCUCCUCCUCCUGCUCUCUCAACCUUCAUUUGAAAGUUAAGGGUGAAGAUAGGGGGGGCGAUGGGGGGGUUGCUGCAUUUACUGUGUGUUUCACUUUGACCUUGAGAGGCCAACCAGAGGAGUGUUUCUGUGCUGCAAAAUGAUCACAUCUGUGUGUCGUCAGCCUCCACCGCUCUAAUGUCUGCCUGAAAUGUCUGUUUAGUUAUUUUUAGGUUCUCUUAGUUGGUGUGUGUCUGUGUUUUAUAAGGGCUGUCAGAUGAGCUGGUCCUGUCUUUCUUCGCUUUAUGAACAGUAGAAAUGUCAAACUUUUCUUAGUUGUCACUAGGAGUAAUGCGGGGCUAGGAUGAUGGAGAUAACAAAGGAUAACUGCCGCUAAGGUGUCCCCUCCUUCAUCUUUAUCCUUUGAACGUCCUUUAGCCGUCCAUCCCAUCCAAGUAAUCAGCAUCCUUCAAAGAAGCGCAGCCAAAGCUAAAGCCAAGUCAAACAGAGAGCGUGUCCUAAUCAGGGGCAUGAAGAGCCGGGCUUAUGGAGCCCUCCCCCCACACUACGGGGCCAUUACUGGGCUAGAGCCUCUUCCUGUGUUAGCCAUUCAAAUUCAGCAUUAAUGUUUGAAAGAGCAGAGAAAAUGCCUGCUCUUCAUGGCCAGAUUAAUAUUUUAUGGAAGAGAAAUGUGAAAACAUUCCCUGUAAUAUCUGAGUACCAGGGUGGUGUGUGUGUCUAUGUCUGUGUGUCUGUGUGGUGAGCCCCUCUGUGUUCAUACAUAGCUGUCAAAUACUCACAUCCCAUCAAAGACAGUCAAGUUGAAUGAAAUUUACUUUUGUUAUUCCUGAGAGUAUAGCUAUAUUUUAGCUGUUUACAUUGUCAUAGAAAUCAGUGAGUUAAAGAUCUAGUUGUCCUCCAUGCUCACACAUUAAAGUCUUCUAAAAGGACAUAUUCAGUAUCAGGCAAAAGCAGGCAUAGACUUGAUUUAUAAUGUUGAGAGACUAGGCUAUGUGUGUUUCAGAAAUAGGAGCUGCUUGUUUCAGGGACAGAGCACUCCCUGACUGCUUGCCUCCCUGUCAGUCUGCACAGUAAAUAGGUCAGUGUUUUAUGUGAGUGAAGACUCAGUAAUGUCUGGGCCUCCAUGAAUCUGCCAUCCUUAGCCGUCUGACCACUCGGAAGAGCUACUGCAGCAGUCAGAUGAUCAACCGAACAAUGUACACACAGCAGGGAGUAUCAGAGUUGGAGAUUUGCAAUAAAAAUAUCAUUUAGCUUCUUUUAGUUUCCUGUUUUAUUCUUCAGCAGGUGGCACAGACUUCCCGUCGGAUACAGAAAUGACAACAGUCAGACGCUGAGGAAUUUCACAGCUACAUAAUUCAUACACAGGGCUCUCCACUGGCACUUGUGUACCAGAAUUAUCAUAUUUAUGAGCAUACGCCAUACCCUACCUGUUUUAUGUAAGUGAACUCAGUUUUGCAUGCUCCAAAGGAAGACACAGGCAUUUCAACUUGAAAUAUAAGAGUUAAAAACCUUCAGUCACCUCUUUAUUAUCUGGUGUUGCAGACAUUGAUCUUUACCUCAGUCUGCAGACCAGAUAGUGACCCGAUUGAUUCACUCCCUGAUGUUGUUGUUAGGUUUUGCUUGUGCAAUGAGCACAUGUUAGUGAAUCCACUUCUGCGCACGACUUAUGAAAGCUGUAUUACACACUGGAGCUGGCAAACCAUGUUCACAAGAUUAUGUUAAUGGAUUAAAAGAGGCUUCAGUCACAACUGCACAGGGCUCAAUGGGAUCGAGUGGCUCGUAUGUGACUCAAGUGGUGAACAAAUGUGAACUAAGUACAUAUCUUCAUUACCUGAGUCAAAGUGUAGAUACUCAAAGUAAAAUAUUACUCUGACACAAGGGGAGGCUGCUUAGUCAGAUUACUACUUUAGAUGAAGUACUGAAGGAAUAACUUUUAGACAAACUUUCAAUAAAAAUACCACUAAACUUUGUUGAAUUUUCACAAUGCCUAUGUAUUCAAGACUAUAAAAGUGUUAGAUUUGGUUAAUGUGUUAAGUGUUAGGGGCAUUUUUGCCUUUAUUGGAUAGGACAGCUGAAGACAGACACACACAGAGACAUGCAGCUCCAAAAUAAAAGGAACAAAAAUUAUAAAAAAUUAUUUAUGAAAUAAAAAAUGGCACCUGAUUUUACAAGCAGAGACAUCUUGGUCUAAAAUUCUCGUCUGGAAUAAAACAAAUGUUUGGCUAGCUACGUAGCUGGAUGUUCUUUUUCAGGUUGGAUGGCAAAGUUUUAAUUGGCCAUGAUGACGUUUGUGUGCAGUAAACACAGUGAAUCAUACUUUUCGAAAACCUCAAACAGGAGAAUACAAUGGAAAACAAAUCUAGACAAGCUGAAUACAAGGGAGUAUUCAACUCUCUCAUAACAUUUGGCUGUUCUCUUAUUUUAGUGUAAGGGCUAAAUUCUAAGAAAUGUAUUAAUAAAAGUGCUGUGCUGUUUGUCUUUUUUUUCUGUGGAAACUUUGCAGAGUUCACUUUCUUUUCUGUCACAUGCUGUGGGGUUGUGGUCCAGCAGAUACUAAUGGGCUUGUCUCAUUGGUAAAACUAAUUAAGGUGUGAAUGAUUUAAUCGCAUAAACAUAAUUUUGUCUUUUCAUUUUAAAUUAGAUCUCUAAAAGCAUGUAUUGUUUCCAGCAUAUUCAAAGAGGAACACUCAAAACUUGUUCCCCUGAUUCACUGUCUAUUAUAUUUCCCCACUUAGCAUUGAUGCUGAACAAUUCAGUAUAUAUAUAUAUUUCAGGAAACCUUUAACUCAAUUCACUUUCAUUAAGUGAAGUGGCAAAAAGGUAAAACCUAUGUUUCAGUAGCAUCUCCCAUAAUUUGUUGAAAAAUGUUACCAUUGAUUUCUGAAGUCCAGGAGAUUUUAGCUAUGUUGUGUUAGCGGCAAAGCUAAUUAGUGAUGAAACUGUUUUAUUGUGUUAAUACAUUUGUGUCCAUCUAACUUUUACCUUAUGUCUAUUAAAACACUCAUUAGUUUCCUGAAUGUUGAAAAUGGAAAUCUCAAAUUGUGCUUGCCUGAAUAGUAAGAAGCAUUUCCUCAACUAGCCUUGAUGCUAAAAUGUUUAGCCAUGUGUCUAAAAUGUAGACAACCCAGAGUCAAGCUUAGUAAGUACAGCUGAAAAAAAAAAAAAAAAAAAACAGUUUUUGGUGUUUGUUGGAAAUGUGACAAAGUUGACAUGAUUUCUGAUAUAUACAGUGGGGUUGCAGAGGUAAAUGCUAGUAGUUUGUCUUUGUAGCAAGGGUUCAUAGUGUUGUUUUUGAAUUGAUUAUUUAUCAUUUAGUAUUGACGAAUGACUUUCAAAUUAGAUUGUAUCUUCACUUGUCAGAAUAUAUCUCUAAAAGUUUUUUUUGUUUGGUCAGAGUGGAGUUGUGUCUUGCUUUCCUCUGUUUUAAGAUGUAUUUUUUCAUUUAGCUCUGUGCUCUGUUGACCCCGCUGUAACAACAAGCUGAUCAUGUCAAGUGGUUUAAAGUGGAAAGCUAGUCUUGGCGGUAUCGGUCUGUGUUUGCUGAAGAUAUAAUUUUGGGUCACUGUGUUGCCCCAAUUUAUGACCUCCUCCCUGAUUGGUUGUGAUGUAUUUCCUCAUGUAGCUCUGAUUUAAAAGAAUUGAGUUUUCUUUCUAAUAAUCCUGACAUCUUUAACUAAAUCCAGGCUCACUGUUUCAGGUGGCAAUUUUCUGUCACAUUUCCCUCAGGCGCUAAAGGAUGGGUUGUGCUGUGAGUGACUCCCUGUCGCUCCAGAAUAUCACCUCUGUGACAUUCCUUAAAGACCGCAGAGUAAGCAGAGUUUUACUGGGUUUUGUUGAUAGUGACACGCCUAUCCUCCAACCUAAGAGAACCUGUUUGCUGCGGUCUGAACUCACCUUACAUGGUAGAAACUGCUGAAAGAGUCUCCCCUCCCAAUCACCAGUUUAGAUCUAAGAUCACAGAUCCUGGAAGUACACUAUGAAAAUAAUGUUAAAAAUUUACUAGCGCUUAGAGAUGAGGUGGCGUUUCUCUGAUGUCUAGUUACUCACAACCACUUAAUGCCCCCCAGCUAAACCGGAUCAACAUGUGGACGUUAUUUGUUUAGUUAACCACUCUGUCAGGAGGGACCUGUUUCAGGAAAUGGUAGCUUGGUAAUUCUGCAUGGAUACAACUGAUGUAGUCUCGAGCUAAAUAAAAGGUUUUUUUUAAUUCUUGUACAAUUACACCAGUCAGUUUUGGUGCCAUCUUCUUGUUCAUUCAGUAUAAAAUCAUUUGUUGCACCACUGCUUGAGUAAGACAUGAAUAUUCAUCUCUUACAGGCUCUGAUAUGAAGGCUAGCAAGUACAGGCAGCGAUCUGCCAAAUAAUUCCCUGCAGAGAUUAUUUGCCUAAUUAAAAGGAUCACAGUGCAGUUUCUCUGUUACAAUCUUUUGCCAAGUGAGACCGAAUUUUCCUUAUUUUUAACUCAACACCAGCAGAGAACGACAAAAUUACACUGUCCAGUUUUUCAGAAGUCUGUUGGUUAUCUUUUAUUCCAGGCCCAUGUUUGAUAUUUCCAGAUUUUUACACGCCAAGUGUUUAAAAAUGCUGUAUUUUUUUGUUUAGUUUGUAUGCAAUGACUGUCAGAGUCGUCUUUUUUGUACAUAAAGAGUUAGGAGUACAUGUAUUUUAAGGGUAGAAGGAAUGAUUCGAUGGGAGACUGCGCUGCUCGAUGGAGAUGUUACCAAAUGAGUGAAUUGAUUGCUCUGACAUGCUUCCUGGUUUUUAAACAAGCCGUGUCAAGAAGAACUAUUCUCAUACCCAUCAGUCAGUAAUUGUGAUGCUAUGCAGGGGUUGGUCGAUCCAUUUAAUAAGAUCUGCAUCAAAAUCUACUUAAAUAGCCCCUGCAGGGUUAUAAAGACAGACUGUUCUUUGUGAAUCUGAUUAUUCUGUCCUUGAAUGGUUCACGAGGAAAUGACACAUUACGUACAAACACUUUUUACAAGAUCUUCAUGACCUGAGUCAGGAAAGAUGUCGUCUGUAUUCGACAUACCUGAUUGAAUAAUUAUAUUUUGAAAAUGCCACAUCUUAUUCCUCAAUUUAGCACCAGUCCUUUUACAAAAAAAAACAAGGAGGAGGGUGUGAUCAGUCAGAUCAUAUCUCUCACAGGAGAUGGUUACGUAAAGUAGUGAAGGCCACUGUGAAGGCACAUGUGUGAUUUGUCAGAGGCAGCGAGCGCGGUGUAAGAGCCGAGGAGUGAGUGGUCUUUGUUUCCUAAUGUAGGUCUCUACUAAGGGGGCAGCCUGGAUUGCCCGCUUUUCUGGGACGCUCAUGCAGCACAUCACAUGAUGGGCUUGGCCUCAGGGUGAGGCAGUGAAGGAGUUUAAGAUGGAAGUGGGAUGAGGGUGGAUGGGAGAUGAGAGGGUGAGUGAUGGGAGCAUUUACUCUUGCCAGUUUCUCUUAGAAUCAGCUCCUGGUGAGCAUUUUCACAGCCGAGCAGAGCACCUUUAAGGAGACAGAGCGCCGUUUAAGGAGAGUUUUUUCUUUUCUAAAUUUGAAGAUUUUCCCAGCAUGAUACGUACAGAAGUGAACUGAAUGAGAGUCUCUGUAACCUGCAGCUGUAACAGAACUCUGGAAACGCUCUGAAUUCAGUUGAUUUGUUGUCACAUUUUGUAGCACUUGUGAAAUUCUCCUUCAGUAUGUUAAAGAUCAACAUGGCCACCAUGAGUAUUCCCAGUACAAAACUAAUGAGUGUCAGACUUGAAUCAAUCAGCAAACUUUUACUGAGCAAACAGUCUUGGCACAGUUGUAAUCCUGUAAGAAUUAAUUGAUUAGAGAAUCAACAAAAACUCAGUUUUAAUAGUCUGUUAUGGUGAAGUUCAUCUUCAUGUAUUUCAGCUUGAAUUGAGACUUUUUAUCUGUAUUGGUUAUAAAAUCUUUUGGUUUUAGGCUGUUAGACUAAAACCAAAAGAAUCAACCAAAUCAAGAUAAAAGAAUAAUUUCACACUUUUCCCGAAAGUUUCUUGGUCAAUCCUACUUGUAUAUAAUAUGUAUUCAAAUAAAAUAUGUAUCAGGGUCUUUUUCACCCUGUCAGGAUUCUUGUCUGCUAACCACACACUUAUUGUAGUCAUUAGCUGACUAUUCAAGAAACCAACACUGGAAAUUCAAUUAUUUUUAAAGGUUAUUUUAUGGAUAUAAAAAUGGUGCCUUCAAUUUCACAUUCAGUACUGUUGACGUCAAAUUGAACGUUUGAGGUUACGUCAUGAUUUGCGUAAAAAUUGAAAAUUCCCACCAAAAAAAGUUUUUAAAAAAAAUUUUAAAAAAGAUGAACAUAAUUUUUGUAGGAAUAUUGAUUUUUCGGUCCUCAUUCAGCUCCUUUUCUUUUCGAGGGUUUCAAGGGUUUGACACCUUGAGGGAAAUGAGCUAACAUGAACUACGGUUUUUGCCACAGGGUUAACAGGCAGAGUUGAAAUAAGCUAGAUUCCUCUCCAUGGGUUGAUUUGAUAUGACAUGUGGAAUCAGAUUGGCAUCACUUCUGUUGUUGAGAAUUAAAAACUGUUGUUAUGGGGUUAAGUAAGACUUGAUUAAAAAAUGUUGUUUUCUUGUAUCAAACAGAUUCUGUUAAUUUUGUAUAAGUCUGAACCCAUAGUGCUUCAUACCAGGACCCUUUUUAACAAUGCUCCUCUCCACCUCUCUCCCUGUCUCUCGUAGGACAUUGUGAGUGCUACUAAAGAUGUCUGAUAGUGUCGAUAUUGAAGAGAAACCACCAGCCCCCCCCUUGAGAAUGAACAGUAGUUCCCGAGACUCUUCAUCAGUGAAUCACGCCUCUAAACCGCUUCCAAUGGCUCCUGAAGAGAAAAACAAGAAAGUUCGCCUGCGCUCCAUCUUCCCCGGGGGAGACAAGAGUGAGUAUCUCUCCCCUCACGCAGAUGAAUGUGAUUUACUAAUUUCCUGUGAUUAAGAUUCACAAGAUCAGCUGGUAAUAAGCUUUUGUUUGUCUCCUGUAGCAAACAAGAAGAAGGAGAAGGAGCGUCCUGAGAUAUCCCUGCCCUCAGACUUUGAACACACCAUUCAUGUCGGCUUUGAUGCUGUAACGGGAGAAUUCACAGUGAGUAGCUUUCUCACUCACAAUCAGGAGUGGAAACUCACACUGAUAUGCUCCUAUAAUUCUUCUCCCAGGCACAUUUUUUCUCAAAUCACAUUUCCCUGAGGUGAUCCAGUCGACUACUGAUAUAUUUUCCUCUCCAUGAGGAGUUGGUAUUACGAGUGACUUAAAUGAUAAUCACCCCUCACUCUCAGGUGAAACCGGCACUGGGGUCCUUAAGUGUUUUUUGUUGGUUGCUUUGUAGCUGCACUUUCACUUUGCAAGUUAUGUUUACUCUUAAACACAACACAGUAUUUCCUUUUAUUUACACUCUUUAAUAGUCUUUACACUAAACUUAAGCUAUUCACAACUCUUAAACCUCUCUGCACGUAUAAUGAAGUUCGUCAUAAAGAAAUACAACGACCUCCACUCUAUAAAACCCAAUGAUCUAGUGUGUAGUUUAACAACAGUGUAGCUCUGUGCUCAUUUUUAAAGUCCCUUAUCAGCAGCAAUAUUUAUUCUUUCCUAUUAUUAUGCCAAAUUAAAAAGGGCACUGGAUCACAAAUUUUGUUCUUCCUUUAAACACCAAGUUAAACUUUUUCAGGGGUUGUUAAUUUUAAGAUUUACAUUUCACUAUUAAAAUGUUCUAGAUAUCGUCUCUCUGUUAUUGGGAAAGAAUAGACACUGUACUAAAAAGCUUUAGCCCCAUGAAGGGAAACUUCAUGUCCUCAGCUUUAUUUGACUCCCAAAUGAUCAGCUCCAUGACAUCAGCAACAAAUGCUCCCUUGUUUGUUCGAUAAGCUGUGUCUGACUGAGACGCACACACACCCUAUUAAAACAGUUUUAGACUAAAGCACUUUGAUUUUACUGCUUUCUUUUUUUCUGGGAGAAAACAGUCAUUUACUGUUGAUUUUCUCUUUGAUCCUCUUCCAAGUAGCAUCUUUUCUCAGGGCCUUGAACACAAAGUAUCCAUGUCCACAGGUUUACAGUGAUUGCAUGAAGAAACUUGGUUGUUGAAUCAGACGCUGAAAUAACCAUUAGCAGAAACCUAAUCUGGCUUAACGCUGUCUAAUGGCUGAGAACCAUUAAGAUGAACCUCUAAAGCUUGUUUUCACAGUUUUAAGUCUCUUGGUACAAUGCAUUGUAAACCAUACAUUAAUAAGUUGUUAUUAUCAAUGCUUAUAAUCACUUAUAAGGGUUGUAAUAAUGUCUUAUAGAUGCAUUUAUUAGACUUUAUAGAUGUGAGCUCAUGCGUUCCCAAAUCGGUAACACUUUACUUGAUGACUGUCUCUAUAAUGCAAUAUAAAUAUAUGUAUAAUGCGUUAUAAUCAUUUUAUAACACUGUAUAACUGUAGUUAUAAACAUUCAUAAAUGAUCAUAAUGCUUUAUAGCAAUAAUCAUAACAUAUUAUAAAGCAUUUUGUAGGUCUAACAAGGUCAGGUAUUAUCAUGUGUUAUGCUAUUGUUAUAAAGCCUUAUGAUAAUUAAUGAGUGUUAAUAAUGAUGGUUGUACAAGUUUAUAAGCAAAUUAUAACACAUCAUGAAUAUAUGUAUAAUGCACUAUCUAUGUGGGCAUUGUCAGUGAGUUGUUAACAGUUAUAACACAUUAUAAAACCUGACCUUGUAAGUUAUGAUAAAAUGCUUUAUAGUGUGUUAUGAUUAUUGUUAUAAAGUAUAUCUAGCUUUAUCCUGUUCCUUUUUUUCUGACCAAAUCUGCUAAAAAAAAAAACAAAAGCUACGUUUCCAUUUUCCUAUAACUUCUGUCCGUUUACACAGGGUAUCCCAGAGCAGUGGGCACGGCUCCUUCAGACCUCAAACAUCACUAAACUGGAGCAGAAGAAGAAUCCGCAGGCUGUGCUGGACGUCUUAAAGUUCUAUGACUCUAAAGAGACUGUGAACAACCAGAAAUACAUGAGCUUCACCUCGGGAGGUAAACGACACCAACGACACUCAUCAGUGAAAAUCCACACCAUCAAUAAAACAUCCCCUUUUUAUUUCUAUGUAUGACAGAACAAAGUUUCUGUAUAUUACCUCUCUCUAUACAUGAUGUCCCUUUCUGUUUCAGACAAGUCUGCACAUGGGUACAUUGCAGCAAACACUCUGGUGAGUAUCAAACUUAUUGUGUUUUGAUUAUUUACAUCCCUAAAUGCAACAUUUGAUGAUUACUUUGAAUAUUUUGAUAUAAAACACACUAAAUUACUCACAAUCAGACUAAAUAGUUGUAAGUUAUUGAUGCCUAACAAUUCCUUAAAGCACAAUUUUAAAUGAUCUAGUUUAUUGUUAAAUGAACAGGCUCCUUUUUGCCGGAGGUUAACUCAUUGUCAGCACUAAAAGAUAUUUUAUUGCUGCGCUUUAUCUCAAAUUCACUUGCUUGGUUGUUAUAGGAAAGCAAUUACUUAUACAAAUUAAAUCAGUCUCUGCCUUUAGCCAUGCGAUAUCUCUGCCACAUUUCAUUGCAUUGGAAACCUCCCAAAUCUUUGUAAUAUAUGGAGGGAAACAUUUUUAAUAUGCAUGUGAUGGUGUUAAGAUUUAUCAGGUAAGUUGCAACAUGUGGAGUUAAUUCAUUGUCUUAACCUGGCUUAGCGCUUUCUAGUCUCUGCCUUUUAGCCAGGUACUAUCGCAGCCAUAUUUCAUUGCUUUGGAAACCUUCCAAAUCUUUGUAAUAUAUGAAAGGAGAAAUAUUUUAUAUCAGUGUAAUGAUGUAAAGAUUUUUCAGGUAAGUUGCAGCAGCAUGCUGGUUUAAUCAAUGGUCUUAAACCUGAGAGAAAUGAUAACUCUCAGUCGCCAUCAUAGGGAAUCUUUCUCACCUGACCCUGACGUUCUCUUUGGAGUGAUAUCUGGGAUAGACUCUUCUAUCCCUGCAGGUUUUAUUUCACACAGACUGCUACCUCUAAUGGGAAAAUCAUAUGCAUUCCCCUCUCGAGGCUUACUACCCUCACUCUGCUGCAAAAUACUCCAAAUUUCCCAUAUAAGCCGAUCAGUUUGCAACUCCUGCAGAAAAAUGAUGUCUCCUGCGAGCGCCACUUCUGCUCAUUGUUUAUUUUUCCAAUCUGCACUACUUAACCAGAUUUCAAAAACAGCCAUAGACGAGCUCCACCGGAGGCUCAGCAGCAUCUAGAGGGACUCCCGCUGUGCUGACCUCAUUCCUGGCUUUGACCAGAGUAAUCUAUGCUUUGAAUGCCUCGGCCUGAACACGCUCAGUCGGGUGAAGGAGUAGAGCUCACGUCUGUUUAGUGGGAUUCGCUGCCCCUGGGCAAACGACAAUGGGCUCACUUAAUGCAGGGCUAUUGCCUGAGAGAGCUCUUUGCCUCUGAAGGGCAGGCGGGUGUGGCGGCGUGUCCAAAAGGUUGUGCAAGCCCAGUGAGGGUAUUAAAGAGUUUCUGUCACAGCAGUGCAUGGCCUGCAGUAGUGACUCAGCUAUUGGCUGCGGUGCCUCAGACUCAUCCUGCUGUUGCACUGAACGACAGGAAUGAGCUGAUAUUGAUCAAUAACAGAAGCAAUAUCACUUUCAGAGGAUGCUAACUCCAUCCUGAGCUCUCGGCUAUUUCUCUGGUAUUAAUUUGACCACUUAGUUACCUUCCUGGCAGGUUUAACCUUUUCAGGGAUGUCUGUUUUUUCUUCUUUUUUUCUUGAAUAACAUGCUUCUUUUCCCCCUAUCACAAUCCAUGUCAGCCCUGCUGUUUUUAUGUCUAAUGUCUAUCAAAAUUUAAAAAGUAACAGAACUGUUAUAAACCAUUUUCUUACAAUGAUGAGCGAUCUUUCCUCCUCUUUGUGGUAAGAUCUCUUGUAGUAUCCUCUGCGGCCAGUCUUACAUGUCUUUGGUUGAUCACAUGCCUCACCUUGACCUUAGUCCAGCAUACAUUUAUAACUGCUGAUAAUGGAGCCAGGGACACUGUGUUGCAUCCUAAUGCAGCCAUAGCUUGACCGGGAUGUAAUAACUGAGUUUAGAGUCUGGGACCUGAUAAGAAAAUUAAAAAUAAAUCAUUGGUAUUGCUGAAAAUCACUGGCUUAGUCCACUCUAAUGUGCUGAAUGUUGCUCUUAAUGUCACUCUUAUUCCCUUUACUAGACAACAAAUACAUGGAAGAUACAUUCAAAGCCAAAAACAAACAUUUUGGAUCCAUUACAGGCAGAAAUACAAAAUAACCUUCUUUUGAGAGUCUGUCUGCCUGUAUUGGCCCAGCUGUUUCACUAUAGUUUAAUACCAACUCCACUACCAUCGAAGAAGUUCUGGGUAUAAAACUUUAGCAUGUUGGCUUUGCUGGACUGCUGUCAAAAUAACCAAGUUCACAUAGUUUAAUAAUAAAAGGUAGUAAGUUAAUUACAUGGGAUUUUCAAGUCGGUACUGUUUUUCCUGUUAUGUAGCUGCUCAUUGUGAUGUCUGUUUGCCUCUUCAAGUUUUUUAUUAGAGUCUUGAAGCUUUUAAAUCCAGUCGACACUUUGUUUGUCCUGAUACAUUAAUUAUUACCAGAGGUUUCAGUUUAAACAGUAAAUAUUAUUUUAAAAGGAGUAAUUUGAGUCACAUACCACCAGUUUAAGCUAAAGAGUUCAUUAAAGUUCUAAUUCCUCAAUAACUAAAAAAUUAUGACUGAAGUUUUUCCCUUUACUAGCACCAUAAUGAUGAUUUUAUUUUAAAGUAUAGAAGAAACAAAAUUUACUUGUUUCAAGCAGACACAUAAUUUUACUCAGACUGAUUACUCUUUAAGAAACAAUGACUCUAUUUUCCUGUUAAAAUAACAAACAGCUCCAGUAUCCAAAAAGCAAAAACAACAAACAAUCUUCAUGUGGAAAAGCAGAACUUUUUCUUUUUUGAUAUUGUUCUUAAGAAGAAAAUCACAACAAUGAUUUUAUUAGAUAUCCUGACAGUUAAUUUGGAGCGUCACCGAAAACUAUCAGGUUCGCCAACAGAGAUACUUAAUGAUAAUCUUCACUAUUUACACAUUUGAAACAUAUGACUUUGAAUGUGCUUGUUUGACUGCAUCCUUGUAGUCAGAAAAAGUGAUAUUAGACACAAUACCUUAAUUUAAAGUUGAAGUUUUUGUCCACCUCUUGGCAUUCAAAUAAAAUAAUAUGAAAGUAUUUUUUUUCUGUUCUUGAAGAGAAAUCAUGAAGUGGUUAGGGGGACUAAUGUAUUCCAUGUUACUCAAGGACAGUCCCCACUCGGCAGGUUUUGUCUCUGUCAUGUCCCCUCCUCAUGCUAAGUGUUUGGAGGAAAGUUUAUGGACUCAAUGUCGACCUCUCGGUAGCACACCCCUGCCCUCCCCCCUCCCUCCCCUGAAUACUCUUAAACAUUGUGUGGGUUUGUUUUUAGUAAAAUCCUCCCAUUUUCAACCUUCACAUUCAGAACCGGCUGCUGUCAUCUGGGCCUCCUGUCAGCCUUAGAACCUGCAGCGCAUUAUUUGACAAGGUAACUCCUCCAUAUUACUUUCCACAUGAUGUAUCUCUGCAUUGGCUUUAAAGCUAAAUUUGAUCUUCUAGUUUCCCAAAAAAAUGCAUAUAAUUAUUUGAUUCAAGAGCCAUCAUCACAAAUCUCAUGGGGGGUAUGAUUGGAUCUUUGAACCUUUUACUUUUAAUUUUUGACUUUUUUGUCUGAUGUAUUUCUAUCUUCCACAAGAGCACCUCUUAUCUUGUUUCAAAAUGACGUUCUCUGAAAUGGCAGGGCAGGGGCGCAUGCCACAGAGGGCUGUGAUGACUGUCAAACUGCAUGUAUGAGCUCAUAAUCCUCACAAUCUGAUCCACAGUCCCAAUAACGUGCCUGUUCCUUCAUCACCAUUGUAGACAUUACCGCAUGGCUCUGUGAUUAAAACAACACAUGGCACCGCUCAUAGUUCGACUCAUUUCUGCACUGCAGUCUUGGCCCAGCCCCCCUCUUCUCUUUCUUGGAGCAGGUCAGAGGCCCAGUACAUCUGAACGAAGGACUGGGACUGGGACUUUCCUUUAGCCAGACCCUUUUCCCUUUAAUCACUAGAACUAAGCUGCACUGCUUCAUUUAUGCAUGACGGGACUGGAAAUGGAUGAAAUGUUUCCAUUCCUAAAGAGGAAGAUGAUCCAAGGCUAGCAGAGUUUUGGAUGGGGGAAAUAAAGGCUGAGCACUGGGCAUUAUAAAUAUGCCUGAGGCUUUUUAAUAAGACUUGUUGCAAGGUAUCUUCCACAUGCAGAGGAAGCCCAUCACCAUAUUGCACAUUGCUGCAAUGUGGCUGCAUGUUUUCUCCUUUAGCAAAGUUACAUUUAUGUAAAGCUGUUAGUUACUAAAAAAAACUGCUAAACUGCACUGAAUGAAACCUUUUUCUCUUUUAAUGCUUGUCUCUGUAGCUCUUAGACUCAUAACACUUCCUUUGACUACUAACUCAGAUGUUCCUGAUACUCUAACCCCACUCAUUUCUGCUUUUGUUGUACUUUCGCAGGGUAAAGUAUCACAAAAUGAUGAAGUCUAUGCAGACCCACUGUACAUAUCAUAUUUUUACCACAUUAGAAACACACAUUGUGGUUUAUUUUUUAUGUAACUGAAGCACUUUAGAGAGUAGUUGACCUUCACUUACCGUUUAAACUCAGUAGCGAGAAUCAAAACCUUACACAUGGCUUGUUUGGGAUUUUAUCUGCGAUAACUGAUCAAAGAUUGAAGAAAACUUUUGAGUUUUGGGACACAUCUAAGGAUCUUCACACAUUUUUCAUCCCUUGUUGCUACAUCACACAUACAUCGCCCUGACUUACAUCUCUACCCUCCAGGGAGCCAAAACAUCAUCGUCAGAGCCGCCAAUCGCUCCGCCUGUGUCAGAAGAGGAGGAUGAAGAGGAGGAGGAAGAGGAGGAGGAGGAGGAAGAGGAGGACGAUGAUGACGAGCUGCCCCCUGUCAUUGCACCUCGGCCCGAGCAUACCAAAUCUGUAAGUUCACCCGGUCAAUGACACCAAUCGACCUCAUAUGCAAACCUCUCUGCAUUUCUUUGACACUUUCCUCUCUCGGCAGAUCUACACACGCUCUGUCAUGGACCCACCAAAGCCCCCCACCCCUGUGAAAGAAGUCCUGACCCCUCCGGAGUCGCAGGUCCAGCCGGAGAACACGUCCAACACCAUGUACCGAAACACUGACCGCCAGAGGAAGAAGUCCAAAAUGACGGAUGAGGAGAUUCUGGAGAGGCUCAGUAUGUGAAUUUAAGACAUUAUGACAUUUUCUCAAGUAUCCAUUUAUUUUAAUUAUGAAACAGUUUUGCAAUUUGGUCUUUGGAAUAUGAAUGCUGCGGUUUUCUCACCUUCUUCCAGGUAGUGUUCAGGACUAUUUUUACACACUGUUAUAUGAUAUCAUAUGAAGUCAUAUCAUUGAAUCUAAUUCAGUCAAAUUUUUAAAAAUACAUAUAAACCAUCUGUAAUCGUAGACAGUGACAGCAUUUGGACACAGAUGUGAAGUCAAGGAUUAUGUAUAAGGUGCAUAUUGUUAUGCACGAUGUGGUGACGGUUCAGCCAUUGACCACCUGUCUAGAGUUUUGUAGUCUUCAAAUAACCCUAAAAACAUCUUACUAGUUGUUAAUCGAUAUAAUUUUAAAUUCUUGUUUUUGCAGCUCUACCAAUGGGAAGAGUUGAAACCCUAUAGUAAUAAAUGUGCCAUACUCCUUUUGCCGGUUCGAGUUGAUAUGAUAUGUAUUAGCUGUUUAUCUGCGGCAUUGAUCUUAUUAUUCAAGUUCAACUGAAUCAGAAUUAAGCUUUAAACCACAGUAGAAAGAUUAAAUAUUUAGUUUAAAUUGUCUGUUUUUCAGAUAUAACUUAUAGCGCAACAACUUUGUUUUCGGGAGCAUACAUUUCAUAAAUUCAGGCAAAAAAAAAACUAUUUUUUUUUCUAUUCAUUGAUUCUGCACAAAGAAGUAAAGAUGUACUCAGAGCAGUUGCGUUAAACAGGCAGCACAUGUCUUGAAUAAAAGAGCGGAAAGAGUUUGCACUGUUACAUUUUGUGUAUUUGUGUGAAGGCAGUCAUGGCUGUGCGCCCACACAGGCUCAGCCUCAAUCAUUAUUUAUCUUUUUCUUUUUUCUCUCUGACUCAGGGAGUAUUGUGAGCGUGGGGGAUCCCAAAAAGAAGUACACACGCUUCGAGAAAAUAGGACAAGGGUAAGUUCAUCCGUGAUCAGGAGCCGGUUGUCAUAGUUAUUGAAAUGGGGCGAUUUGAAGAGCAGUCAGUCUCUGCAGGGGAGAUGGAGCGGUGGUGAACUGGGAGGGUUAGGUUGAAUGACUAGGAGAAAGUAAGAAGAGAGGAAAUGAGAACUGUAUCCUGAAAUGGCCAAGGGCCAGAUUAGCUCAGCCAUUUCCCUCUCUUUCACUCUCUCUCUCUCUCUCUCUCUCACUCUCUCUCCCUUGUCUUGUCUUUCAGUUUUUAGUGGCUGCUGCUUUCCUCUCACUCUGCCUGUUCACCUCACAUCCGCAUAGAUAAAAACUGUGCGGUUCUUAUCUGCUCACGCUCUCUGUUUCUAUAUUUGAUCAGGAAGCUCCUAUCUGAAACAGUAGAUCACUGUCUGCUUAUUAGUGCCGGUAACUGUGCUCCAUUCUUCGCAGUCUCUGACAGCACACAGGUGAAGCUGACAACAAGAGAAAGAGAGAAUUACCACUCGGUUUAAAUCCUCAGCUGAAGGAUUUUUUAACUCCCUCACUGUCAUCUCCAAAUAAGGAGAGAACGGCUACAUACCAUUCCUUUGACUAACUAUUCAUGCUUGAGUUAUUUCAUAGCAGAUGAGUUUCUGUUGCAUAAGUUGCAAAAGACUUUCUUUUACAAUAAGGGAUUGAUAAGAUUGUAAUCUGAGUGUAGUAGUAGUUUAUCAUUUUAUCACACAUUUACAACCAAGCUUAUGAUAGUUACUUAAACAUAUUCAAACAGAUACUUGCACUGAAGUUAGCACUAAAAGACAAGUGUAGGUCGUCUGGUAUUUUUCAGCCGAAGGUGUUUUUCUUAGUGAGUCGAAGUAAAAUUCAAAAACAUCUGAUUUUUGCAUGUUUAAAUUUCUUCUUCAGCCGAUCUCUGUGGAAACACAGUUGGAUUGGUGGCACUGUUUAGUGUUAAGCCUGUUUGAGGAAUAAAAGCAUAAUCCUGAAGCUGUGUUUCAAUCCUGUUUGCAAUGAUUAAAUAUGAACUUUUGAUAAGCCGGUGUUUAAGUUUUUUAUAACUUUUCAAAAAAGAAUUACAGGGCCUGUAGCAAGAAAAGUAGAAGAAUACAUUUGACCAUUUUCUGAGAAAUAAUUACACUUUUCUGUUUCAUGGAAAGUACACACAUGUUUUAUAAUUGAAGUUAUUUGACUUGUGUUUCACCAGAGCGUCCGGCACUGUGUACACAGCCAUCGACAUAGCAACCGGCCAAGAGGUGAGUGAGAUCCUUUCUUAGACUGAAAAACUUUCACAUGCUGUAUGUUUUCUCUCUCUCCCUGCUAAGCCAGCGGGCUCACUCGUUCACCGAGCAACACAUUCCUCGUCUGUUUUCUCAGGUGGCCAUCAAGCAGAUGAACCUGCAGCAGCAGCCCAAGAAAGAGCUGAUCAUCAACGAGAUCCUUGUCAUGAGGGAAAACAAAAACUCAAACAUAGUCAACUACCUGGACAGGUCGGUUUUCUCUUGUUGGGUUACAUUUCACAAAAAUGAUGAAAAAUCAUAGAACGGAUGUUUACUGAUGGCUGUACUGUAUGAGAGUGUGGUGGUUUUUCAAAAAAAAGGUUUAAGGCCAAAUCUUUUCUGCUAUUUAAGAUAGCAAUCUAAAAAAUGAAUUUAUCAUACUGUGGUCCAAAAUCAAAAGCCAUUAAAAUCAAGUUAUAGAAAAUUGAAAGCAGACCAUCAGACCACUGAAUCAUCUGGAAAGCAGAUGUUUUUGAAUGUGAGUAUUUUUAUAAAAUCUGCAAGAUUUCAAAUGGUGAUAAAAAUGUUGGGCUGUAAGUCGAUUUAUAAAUUGAUAUUUAUUGUAGUCUUUGUCCUGUUUGAACUAAUAUAUCUUAUUGAUGUUUUCCUAAGACAGAGUUUUGACUACAAAUACAUCGACACAGAAAUGUGAACAUAGCUGAUGUAGGUUUGCCUGAAGCGGCUGAUUUGUGAUCAGAACUUAGAGUUCAAGGUCAAUUCAUGCUGUUACCAUAGUGACAUUGAGGGAUCCUCUAAGCCUGCUUUGCAGAUCCUUUUUUUUUUUUCUUCCUCUUCAUCUUUUUCUUCUUCCCCCUUUCGCCUUUUAACAGCAGGCAGCGAACCUCAAAAGGAACAUCACUGCCCCCUGUUGGUUGAAAGCUCAGUAGAAACCACAUAAGAAUCAGUUUGGGUACAGUUUUCAGCAUCUGUUUCAAUCAACUCUGAUUUAAUUACUUUGAUCUUGCUGCCGUUUUUCACAGCUGCCACCUACAUGCUCGAGCACCCACUGUGUGUUGUAACUGACUCUGCAUCAUGGUGCACAAAGUACAUCAUAAACUGUAAACAGGCUACUUAAUGUCCCCAUUUUUCAAGUGUCAACCAGGGUGCAGCGACUAAAAGGAGGCCCUGAUCAUGUUUCCAUCCUAACUGAGACUAUAUUUUUUUCUUUAUUUUUCAGUUACUUGGUAGGAGAUGAGCUAUGGGUGGUGAUGGAGUAUUUGGCAGGGGGCUCGCUGACAGAUGUAGUGACCGAGACCUGCAUGGAUGAAGGCCAGAUCGCUGCAGUCUGCAGAGAGGUAAGAAGCCAAAUUAAGACAUCAGCAAUACCACACACUGUUUCUACCCCUAUGACCGCCUCACCUUCAUGUUCAGGUCAACAGAUGCAAAGAUUUGAAUAAAAGUUUAACAAAUCCCCUGGCUGAGGAUAAAACAGUAUAAAUAUGUGUUAAGUUCAGGCGUCUCGUAAGAGUGGGUGUCUGUUUGAUUUAUUUUGUGAGUUUUUCUCCUCUCUCUCUUCAGUGUCUCCAAGCGCUGGACUUCCUACACUCUAACCAGGUGAUCCACAGAGAUAUAAAAAGUGAUAAUAUUCUCCUGGGCAUGGAUGGAUCUGUCAAGCUCAGUAAGUUUCUUUUUUUGAAAUUUUCUAAAUUUGCCUUGAAUUUACUAUGAUAGAAUUAAAAUGAGAAGCACCAAAGAGAAGUGUCUAAAACUCAAGAUUUGUUAAAUAAUGGUCAUGAUGAUUACAGUAAAUGUAAAAGAAGAAAUGAAGCUGUAUGUUUUAUGGGAUAAAAAAAAAUUCAAAAUGUAUGAAUGUAAAACACACUCAAGCAUUUCUCUCUUUCUGUCUCCCUCUGCAGCUGACUUCGGCUUCUGCGCUCAGAUCACUCCUGAGCAGAACAAGCGCAGCACGAUGGUGGGAACGCCCUAUUGGAUGGCACCAGAGGUGGUGACUCGGAAGGCUUAUGGCCCUAAGGUGGAUAUCUGGUCUCUGGGAAUCAUGGCAAUAGAGAUGGUGGAGGGAGAACCGCCGUAUCUGAAUGAAAAUCCACUCAGGGUGAGAGACAUUUUACAGCUACAACACAAGACCCGACGUUUCUAUGAUCCUCAUGUUUCAUCCUGAUUAAUCUUUUCCACCAAACUUGCUCUGUGGGUUUUUGUCCAAACAUGAAAACAGCUCUUUGUUUAUUAUGCAACAGCACAUUUUCAAAAUCAACACUCACAUUUCUGAGACAAUAACACAAACCAUUUGUUUUCACUGGGUUUUGUCACUUUUGUUAUGAUCCUGUAUGUCUGCUUUAGUUUGAAUAAGGGAGACCUCAGUGAUUUUAAAGACUCAAAUAAAGGUUUAAAUCGAUGACUAAGUUCUCCUGUGUUUCCAGGCAUUGUACCUGAUAGCUACCAACGGGACUCCAGAGCUGCAGAACCCAGAGAGGCUGUCGUCAGUGUUCAGAGACUUCCUAAACCGCUGUCUUGAGAUGGAUGUGGACCGCAGAGGCUCUGCAAAGGAGCUGCUACAGGUCGAAUAAAGCACACACACACACACACACACACACACACACACACACACAGCUGUAUUAUUGUAUUUACAUAAAGAAAAGCUCCAAACGUUCAUAUUCCAAGUUGUCUGAUAUCAUAGACCUUUUUGUAGUAACUGAAUAGGGCAGAUGAUUCCAACACUGGAAAUGCACUGCAAAUGAAAGACUUAUGUCAGUGAGUAACAUUAAAAUGACUGUGGACAGGAGAAUCUGCCCCAGUCUCUGAGUCUGGUAAUAAUAAAGAGAGGAUGGGGGUAGGAGAAGUGUGAGGGGGGUGUGGGUAUAAUUUUUCAUCACCUCAGGAGACCUAAGCGGAUGGUAAAUGGAUCGCACAAGAAUGCUGUUUCACAUCGCACCAUUACAGGCCUAGAGCCUUCCAUUAAAAUGUAUGGAAGUGCAGUGUUGAUCUGCUUUUGGUGUUCUUGGCUUUGCGUUUGUUUGCUGUGCAUUUGCUGCACCUGUUUUGGACUUUAUGCAGCGCAUUAUUUUUUUAUCUUUAUCGUGUGUUUUCAACUUUGCAUCUUUGGAGCAUUCACUGCAAGUUUGUCCUAAAACAAAGAUUGUUCAGACCAUUGCAGAUCCUCUGUCCUACCACCACACCUUUGGCAUCUCAAAUAGGAGACACGGGGUAGCUCUGCUGCAUCUUUUUCAGAUUCACAUUGUGACACUCCAUUUUCGUUUUGCAUGCCUAAACAGGAUGAAAAAAUACCUCAGGAUUGUUUUCAACCAUGAGUCGAACCCACAAAAUAAAAAAGAAAAAACAUGACUAUAUUGAGGCUAGGGCUGGGCGGUAUGGGAAAAAGUUUAUCACAAUAUAUAUAUAUUUUUUAUUUGUGUCGACAUCAAUAUAAAUCACGAUAUAAAAAAAAUCACUAGUCAAUCUUUAAUGUUCGCUGUUACUCUUAAAUGUAAUUUAACAGUGCUUAUUGGUAGCAUGUCUUUUGCAACACGCUACGCUACUGCAUCUGCACUAGAGAAAGCGGACUGAAUGGUUGCUUUAGCGACCCGAAGCAAGUCCCCUUUUCAUUGGCUAUUCGUAUAGUCUACCAAAACAUGGCAGAAUGCCGGCUAUCAAAAAGCACAUUGACCAUGUUUCAUAUCGAUAUUGAGGGAAUAUAUCAUUAUCGUUUUAUCGCCCAGCCCUAAUUGAGGCUAACAGUGAGGUAGAACUAGGGCCUGUAUCUAUUGGUGCUGUGCUUUGUCCUCGCAUUACCUAUUUUUUAUUCAAAACCAAUAAGAGUUCAUCGUUAAGCCACCUGAACACAAAAGGCCCUAAAUGUCAGCUGUUUUUUAUUAAUGCCCCCUGAACACCCACAGCUGAUAAAAGUUGAACUUCUUGAACUUUUUUGGCUCUCCACCAAAAUCAAGACGGUGCAGGAGUUUUGUUUUCAACAACAAUGGCAACAGCAAGAGUCCAUAUGAAGGAGAAUUGAGAAAGGAGCUGCUGCUGAUGCUACAACACAAUUCCUGUCAGCUGUCUUUGUAAUGUCACAGUAACAUGCCUUUCUGCUCCACCUCUUUGCCUGUUUCUAAAUAAACUUAAAGUUAGACUGAGACAGGAUUUCGAUUGUGACAGCUUCAGUUAUCAGAUUCAUAAAUCCUCUUUAGGAACAAAUAAGGGAUGUCACGAGGACUUCAUCCAUGUUUUUAAGCAGUCAAUAAUUUUUGCUUCACUUUUGGAGAGAUGUCAUGUUGUUCAUCUUUUUUAACAGUCUGUGAUCUAAGUCGAUAGCUGCACUAAAGCGUUAGUAUUUGACUUUAAUUAGAAGAGCAGUUCAAGAGAUCUAGAAAUGAAUAAAUAUCUAAAUCUGCAAGCAUCUUUUCAGGCUUGUUUUUUUUUAACAUUUCCCUCCUCUGGCCUCCGCAGCAUUCCUUCCUGAAGCUGGCGAAGCCUCUCUCCAGCCUGACACCUCUGAUUGUAGCUGCAAAGGAAGCCAUAAAGAACAGCAGUCGCUAGGGUGCGCUCUCUGUCCCCACCCAAGGCUGGAGCCCUGCCUGGGAUGCGUGCGUUCAUGGGGGCAGGGGCUUGGGUGUGUGCAUGGUGGGUGACGCGACAGUGACAGCACAAGGAGGGCGUGGGGGGGUGAUUGUGUGACAUACAGUGACAGCACAAGGACAAAAGACCCCCAGGCCUCUCAUGAAGGAUGGACAUCUGGCCUUGCAGCCUCUUGGCCCCAUGCUGCUGAACAGACUUUGCCUCCUCGUUUACUUCUCCAGCACUCUGUACAUGUAGAGCAGUCCAUCACAAGUGUGUGCGCGUGUGCAAGCGUGUGUGUGUGUGUAUGCGUGUGUGAACAAAAACUGUGCACAUCCCUUUGUGUCAUAUGUCCAGUUCGGCAAAAGUCUCUCAUAAAAACAACAAACACGAUGAAAAAUCAAACAGGAAAUGUGCUCGUUUUCAAGAUGGAACUCAAAGCGUGAAGAGGAGAAAGUGAAGAGGGGCCUGUGAUUCUUACCCUGCCCAGUUCGUGGGUCACUUUUCUCUCCUCUGGACCCUCCACGGAGCACAAUCAGGCCACACUUGCAUCUGCACUGAUGCGAGAGAGUGACUCUGGGACUCUGGACCCCACCUCUGCCUGCAUGACUAUGGCUGUACGGAGAAACAUCGCUACUCCUCGUGUGUCAAGGGGGUAUAUUUUGGUGUGUAUGUGUGUGUGUGUGUGAGUAUUUGUGGGUGAAUGUGUGUAGGGGUGCAGCUACAGGGGAAACAGUCAAGUGCGGUUUCAACAUAACCUAUACCAGCUUUAAACAUCUGUCAUUAAUCUGCUUCAUAUCAGUGAAGAGAUGCAGGUCUCUUCUUCUUCUUCUUUGUCAGACAGUGUCUCCAACAGAGUCACUGGAGUUCAGGUUAGCUGCUGUUAAUCUGCUGAUUUUCUCUCGGAUUAUUUAAGAUACCGAAAACACUGUUGUUGAACAUUUUGCCUGUAUAAAGCCCUGAUUUUAACAACAGGGCGUACUACACACAUCUGUAAAUGACACUUGAAAAUAUCAUAGAAGAUCACUGGACUUUAGGUCUCCGUAUGACAUACUUUCUUGCCAACUUCAGGAGAAAAUGUUUGCACUUCACAUUUGGUACUGAAAACAGCUCUUUUCCAGGUGAGGGGAACAACUAAAAUGGUUAUGAAAGCUCCUGUGAUGGUAGUAGAUGCCCCAUGUGAUCAAAGUGUGGCGCUUAUGGUUGAGCUGAUCUUCCUCCUGAACUAAAAUCUCAUCCUGCCUAAUUUUCAAAGUCUGAUGUGCUGCUUGUCAAUGAAUCUUUGUUUUGUGGAAAAUGUCUAAAAAAGACUGUGUGCUGAUAAUGGCUUGUUACAGGCAUGAAAUAACCAUAGAAAGGCAUCAGCGUUAACAUCUGUAUGUUUCAUUAUCUGCUUAAAAUCCCUCACAGGAGCUUUAAAUAGAGCCAGCAUCGCUUAGAGUCAGAUUUAGAGGCAAAUCCAUAACCCCAUACACAAUAGAUUAAAGCUUUUAUUGUGUACGAGGACCACAAAUGAGGAUAUCAAUAGAAACUUGGUACAAGCGCCUUUCUUUUUGCUUUUGUGAUGUUAAAGUUAAUCAGUAUCAUUUUGGCUAAUAUAGGGGUUCAAUUGAAAUACCUGUUGUUAGUGAUGGAUUGUGGAUUAGUAAGGAAAACAGACAGCUUCUUGUCUCGAACCUGUAGUGAGUUGAAGGUCUGUAAACACUUAGUCUUUCGUCACAGACUCUCUUAACACCCAUGCAUCACUGUGACCUUAAAUUUGAAGUGGGGAGAAUUUCCCUUUGUCAAAAAGAUAUAUAAUUAUAUCACAAUAAUAACAAAGCAGACAUAUAGGAAGCUGAAUUUGUACUUGAUCACUGAUUAUCAUCUUGCUGCAGAAUAUAAAUACAUGACUGUGACUAUAUGUCAAUGAUACUCCGGCCUUCCUGAUUGCACAGCACCGUCAUGUUGAAAGAGGUAGUGGCCUGUCCUCCCUGUCUUCUCCUCUGGUGUUUAACAUGCUGCUCACUCAUGCUUCAGUCGUCUUUUGUCCUCUUUUCUGCUGUCUUUUGUGGCUUCUUUUUAAAGUGAAUUCAACCUUUCUGUAGUGAAAUUUGAUUUCUUGGCAGACUAGAGAAUGGAAAUGAUCUUUUGAAGCGAGUACUGAGUGCCAUCUCAUGAUUGUAUGUUGUUUUGCUGAGUGCUAAAACUGUCAUAGAGGCUCUGAUUGUUUGCUAUAGCAUUCCUCCCAUACCUUGUUCGUGUUUUAAACUUAACUUCUGUACAGGGGUCAUCUGCUUUGUGUGGGUAUUUGGUAGCUUUGUCAGCCUUUCCCAUGUAGCAUCCCUCUGUGUGUGUGUUUGUUUGUGUGUAUGUGUGUGUUAGGGGGCUACCUCAAUCUGCACUAGAAGAUGCCUCACUUGUAUUUCCACCUUGACUCUGAAGUGCAGGGUAGCUGCUUUAGUCCUAUUGUACCUCCAUUUGUACAGAAGAUGAAGGAGUGAUGUGUAGACAGGAGGAUGCAACAGAAUUCAUGCAUGUAAAACAAAAACUGUACACUGUAUCUCAUCUUCAAAUAGGUUAAGAUUGUUAGGAUAUGUAUGUAUGUAUGUAAAUAUGAUGGGAAAACAUCCCCUUUUUUCAGAAUUAUGUAACUUAAAAUGACAAUAUUCAGGUUGCUCUAUGGUAUGUAUCAAUAAAUGUUUUGCACCCUGGGUAAAAAGAAAAUCAAACACACACACACACACCGUCUCUGCACUCCUGGAUCUCCGGUUUGGGCUUUUUAUCAGACGCUCCUUCAUCUGGACAGAGAGCCCACGAAUGCAGCACUCUGAGUGUUUGUUCAUGUGUGUGCGUGUGUGUGUAGGUAGGUGUGCGUGGCCUGUCAGGAAGCUCCGCCGGCCCCCCUGGGACGUUUUUGACCCCAUGUACAGGUCUGAACUAUGAGCACAAAGGUGAAUUUUUGGGAUGAGAGACACCGCUGCUGUGCCCCUUUUUCUGUGGUUGCUCCUGUACAUUCCUCUCUUCUGAAUGUGUAAACCUGUACACGUGGUGUGAAAAUUCCUCUAUUAAUGUGUAUCAAGAGAAUGGAACAAAGACAAAAAAUGUUGCUUUUUAAAUUAUUAUCAUUAUUAUUAUUAUUAUUACUCUUAUUGUCUAGCUUUGUAAAAAACUGCUGAUCCAUCGGGCAUACCUCAGCAGGCCUUUCCCAACCUUUGAAAAAGGACAAAUGAGCGACGGGGAAAUGAGGUUUUGGAUAAACUAUUUUUAAUUGUGGUUGAAGCAAUAGACUUUUUGAACUUUGAAUUGUGCAUGGCUGUGUCUUGAGUGUAAAAAAAUAUUGCAGUUUGGGAACUGGACUGAAAUAAAAAGAGGAAGAAAACCAGAGUCGUGGCAAUGA